GCAAGAGCUACACACAACUCAUUUAUUUAUUCAAACCCUUUUAUAUCAGCCCAAAGUUCAAACCCAAAAUCCACCCAAAUAAUCUUCAUCGACAAAUUUCCCAUGUGUUGUUACUAACACUAGGUUACGCUUUUGUUUUCUGAGUUUCCUAUGUUAUCUGUUUUCUCUUUGCUUUUUUAAGAAUUGAAGCUUUCCGUUUUGGGACUGGAAUUUUCGUUUUUAAAGUUUCCCAAUCAGGAAAUAUCAGUUUGCCAGGAUAUUUCUUCUUUCCCUAGUUCGCAAAAAAUGGCCAUUUUUUAUGAUGUUGCUGUGGUGGAAUUAAAAAAAUAAAAUAGUGGGGCCUGUUAACUUUUGUGUUAAUUAAGUUGCCUUUACUGUAGAGAGAUUCUGUUAUAAACAAAAAAAAAAAACAUACUAUUAAAUAAUUUCACUGACUUGAAAUUUUGAAUGUCGCGGUUACUUCUUGACUGGAAUAAGCUAAUCGACGACGAGCCUCCAGUUGAGCUGGUGGUUGCCAACAAAGCACCCCCAAAGGCGGCCGGGGUUAGUAUAGAGGGGGGAGAGCAAAAUGACGAGCUUUCGAUGUUUACGAAUGCUGAAAUAAUUGAAAAAAUUGAUAGGCUGAAAAGGUUGUUUGGUGGGUCCACUGGUGCUAGAUUAUCUGAUGGGGGCGCGAAGUUGGAGGCAAAUAUUAAGAAGCACGAGGAUGAAUUAGAGAAGAGAAAACUGCUACGCUCCGAUAAGGGAACAAAUGGAUCUGCCUCAUUGGGGAGGCAUCACUCUGGUUCUACUGGUGUACCUAAAGCCCUUGGGCAAUGGUGUCCACAAUCAGCCACCCCCUUGCAAUCUGCUUUUGCUGUGUGCUUUUCAAACAAGCUGGAAGAAAAGCAGGAAAACUCUAAGACAACCAAUGGUUUUCAAAAUGAAUUAACUGCUCUGAAUCCAUGUGGCCGCAAAAGGACAUUAACCAAACAGUUUUCUCCAAGAAGAAGACGUAAGACAACAUUGUCUUCACGAGAAGCACCUUUUAAGUUCCCUGUAAGCAUAGAUGAGCGAGAAUUUUAUGCUGACGGAAAGAGAAGAGAAAAGUGGAAACCUUUUCAAGCCCAUUCUGCAUGUACUUCGAGACAUGCAAAUGAUGAGGUUGUUCUAGUGGAUGAGGAGGAACCUGAUGUUGUUGAGCUGAGACAGCGAAUGUAUCAUGUGGUUGCGAGCACAAAGGCAACCAAGAUAUACUACCCUUCAAGGGAAGAUCCCGAAUCAGUCGAAAUCUGUUAUUCGGAUAUGGAAUCUCUUGCUCCUGAAGCAUAUCUGUCAUCUCCUAUAAUGAAUUUUUACAUUCGGUAUCUCCAGCAGAGAAAAUCUCAUGCGGAUGGAGAAAGGUGUGAGUAUCACUUUUUUAAUACAUAUUUUUACCUCAAGCUCCAAGAGGCUGUUUCCAGCGAGCAGAAUGACAGGGAAGCUUCAUUUGUCAAAUUAAGACGGUGGUGGAAGGGGCUGAAUAUAUUUGAGAAAUCCUAUAUUUUUCUCCCCAUACAUGAAAAUCGUCACUGGAGCUUGGUAAUAAUUUGCAUACCAGACAAAGAAGAGAAUUUGGGGCCAAUCGUACUUCACUUGGAUUCAUUGGGGCUCCACUGCAGCAGUUCAAUUUUUGUUACCAUAAAAGAAUUUUUGGUAGAAGAAUGGAAAUUCUUGAGACGAGAAGGAGUGGCAGAUCUUUUUAUUGCAGACGAAAUAUGGGAAGAUCUUCAAUGGAGAAUAGACGAGAACAUUAUUACGGUCCCACAACAAAAAAAUGUUUAUGACUGUGGACUCUUUGUGCUUUACUUUAUGGAACGAUUCAUCGUUGAAGCUGAUGAAAGGUUUAAAAAGAAGGAUCUGGCAAUGUUUGGUAGGAACUGGUUCGAACCUGAAGAAGCAUCUAGAAUGAGGCGAAAAAUCCGUGUCAUACUCAAGGAAAAAUUCGAGAAUUCAAGUGACAACUAGUGUUUCCUGGUCAUCUACCAUCUGUAAAUAACUGCUGCUGACAAACAAUUCUUAUCCGGAUCAGGCAUCAAUGGAGCAACUGCUUAUUAUACCAACACUCCUGAAGUGCCCAACUCUGUAUAGCUUAAAAGUCGGAUAUUGUAGUUACUCACAUCCCCUGGUUUACUUGAGAUUCUGGAAUUUCUCUCUAUAUUCUCUUUUUAGGAAGGUUUCUUCCGAAAUCCGAGAAGAUCGGUAGAUACAUUGGGGAGAGCUCCCUUUGGUUGGAGCUACAUUUUACAGGACCCAAAAU